GCUCGGCUCACUUACUCAUUUAUAUUAAGUAUCUUUCCUUAUACAGAUCACAUAAUAAUAAUUAUAAUCAUAUCAAUUUGUAUAUUAAUAGAAUUAUUCGGUAAAAUGGUUAUCCUUAACGAAUUAGAACUUUCCGAAACGUUUACAAUUAACCGUGAAAGAUCGGAGUUGGCCAGGAAACUGGCGAAUUUGACGAAAAAAAAUGGCUACGAAAUAAUCCAGACGAACGGCCAAAGAGUCUAUGCACCGCCAGCCUCGAGAAAAAUCGACCCCGUCCCCAAAGGGUGUGAAGUCUUUAUCGGAAAGUUGCACAAGAAUACCUUCGAAGACGAAUUAGUGCCUCUUUUUGAAAAAAUCGGCCCUUUGUACAAGUUCCGUUUGAUGCUCGAUUUCAUGGAAAAGACGAGGGGCUACGCCUUCGCAACCUACUUCAACAGCGAAGACGCUUCUAGAGCGGUAAGCGUACUCAACAACUACGAAAUCCGCCCCAACAACUUCAUCGGAGUCUUCAAAUCGGUGGAUAAUUGCCGGCUUUUCAUCGGCAACGUACCAGCCGAUAAGACCAGACGGGAAGUGUUCGACAUGCUCUGCCAUUACACCGAGGGGGUGGUGGACGUCAUCAUGUACCCCCAUUACGACAACCCCAAGCUUAACAGGGGGUUUGUCUUCGUGGAGUUCGAGAACCAUCGAAUGGCGGCCAUGGCUCGCAGGCAGUUCACGCCGGAUAAUCUGAUAUUGUGGGACCAGCCUCUCUACGUGGAUUGGGCGGACCCGGUGCCGGAUAUAGACCCCCAGGUGAUGGCUAAGGUAACUAUUUUAUAUUUGAGAAACCUCCCAAUUCAUUAUUCAACAGAGGAAAUUCAGAAUUGUAUUGUAAAUCUCGUGGGGAACCGAAUUGUGAAGAAAGUCCAUAAGAUUGCCAACUUUGCAUUCAUCCAUUUCGUGAGCCGGCGAUCUGCAGAGUUUGCUAUGGCAAAAUUGAAAAAUUUGAUUAUUGCAAAUUUCCAAGUUGGAGUUGAAUGGGCUAGGCCAAGAAGAUACAGCAAAAAAAAUAGACUGAUUAACCCACCUGAAAAUUUCUGCACUCUCUCUCCUACCUACAGAUCGGUACCGCCGAACAUCAGACGGCUGGUGCACCAGCGCCUCAAGGUUCUGAACGGUACCAUCGAUGGUACCAGCAACCACGAUGGUACCGGCACCUACGAUGGUGCAAGCACGAGUGCCCGCAGGAAUUUGGGGGGCACCGGCAGCUCUGAGGGGGGCGAAUCAGGCCCUAGGGGGGGCGAGUCGCGUUCACCUCAAAAUACAGCAACUCCUAGUUCGAGUGGCUCUUUGUCAAAUGUUGGAUCUUUGAAUAAUUCUUCCCGACAAGAUGAUAGUACUGACAUCUAUCAACAGGUUGAAGAGUAUAGGCACUUCAAAGGCCUGCCAAUUUUUUAUAACUACCGAGUGUUUUAAAAACGGAUGAUUAUUGCAUUUAAUUUUUUAAUAUU